AUGAAGAUUAUUUUGGUGAUUUUUGCCAGUUUGGCUGUUCUACAAAUAAUAGCUGCUCGUAAAGCAAACAGUGAACUUGACUGUCGCCCAAACGAAUCCUUUUCCACCUGCGGAACAUGCUACGAGAGGGUUUGUGGAGUUUCGGACUUUCCGAUCGCUUGUCCCGAAAUGUGUUUCAAGGGAUGCUUUUGCGAUGCCGGAUACAUUCGGAAGCAACCCAAUGGAGCCUGUAUUACCGAAAAACGUUGUUUGGUUAUUGGUUAAAUGAUUGGUUGUA